AUGGCGAUCUUGUUAGAAAUAGUCAUAGAAGAGGCGUCUUCAAUACAACGAAAGGGGCCCAAUACGCCAUGGAUAUGUUCAAAACUCUACAAUCGACGUAGAAGAUCGCAUCAUCUUUCUUGCCGCAAAUAUAUGGAGUGUCGAAUCCGUUAUUACAAUAAGUUUUACAUGAAAGAAGUCUCAUGUCCAAAAAAUUAUAUUUUCGACGAAUUUCUAACGGAUUGUGUCCCACCCAACAAAGUUGAUCCAAACUCAAAAUGUGCACCUCCGAAAGUUCAAAGGAGGAUCCCUCCUGUCAAAUCACCACCCCCCAACCCAGUGCAAAACUCAAUUUCCUCAGGUAAUCUUAGAUACGAAAGAGAUUCUGAAGGGGAGGAAGAAAUUGAAUUUACAGAAGGGUCAAAUCGACGCAAUUCUCGAUCCUUAGAUUUCGGCGACGAUAUGGAUAAUGAUGACGAUAUCGAAAGAGAGCAUAGAGUUCAUACAAAGAAAUACUUCAAGUGGGUUGCACCUUCGAAUCCCAAGAAUUCGAAAAAAAACGUAAAAGUGUCCAAAACUCCUCUACUAAACUAUACUAACUCGACACAAAGUGAGAGGCUACAAGUUGUGUCCCUGGCAAAUGCUAGUGAUGUGGGUCCGUACUAUAAAGAAGAUCCAAAGUAUCGCUUGGCAAAUACAACAGUGCAGGUUUCAAAGACGCUGGUGAAAAACAAGACUACCGAGACGAUGGUUGGUACGAAAGACGUUUACGACAAGAACAAAAAUCUCGUCAACAGUAAAACAACGACUGUGAAGAAGGUAAAUGAUGUGGAAGAAGGAGACGUUAGAGUCGUGGCUCAAGUCAUACCCAAUAAAUUCACCCCAAAAGUUUCAUACCCCACAAAUCCUAAAUCAAAUUCCAUACCUAAUCAAAAUGUUCCAUCAGUCAAACAUCCGAAUACCAUUAAAUCACCCCAGCAAUCCACUGCUAAAGGUGAUGAUCCCACUCACGACAAAAAUUCGGGAGCGACGCCAGACAAACAAAUACUGCCUGAAUCUCCAUCAAAAAAUUAUCAGAAAUCCAAGGGUCCGUCCACAAGAGCAGGAAAUAACACUCUAAAACAUGAUAACGUAACCCAGAACAUAACACCCAAGUCAAGACCAAACCAAUCUGGCUCAGAAAAGGACAAGAUAUCCGGGGAUAAAAUUGCAUUCAUCCCUUCAUAUAAUUCUUCCAAACAUGAGAAAGACAACAAUAAAAUUGCUAUAUCACCAAUUAAUAAAACAUCUCGUGAUCCAAUAGGUACAAAACCUUCUAAGCUGCAAAACGCACAUACAACCAACAGAAACCCAAUAACCUUAAUUCCGGUUCGAAAUGAUCCUGACAUCAAGGGGCAACUCAACGCUGCAACAACACCUCACUCUACACGUACAGACGAUCAUUUUGUGAGGUCCACAUAUCCCACAACAACAAAAGUAGUUCCUGAUAAUUAUUUUCAUACUACGGAAAAACCAGAAGAAAUUAAUCAGAAUCAACACUUAGGAAGGCUGAUGUCUAACAAUAGCAAGUCAAGGAAUCCCCAAAAGCACCAACCAAAAAAACAUGUACCAACAAUGUUUAUACCACCCACUGUACAUAAGGCAGAGACUCCCCAUUUGUCAACAUUUCCUCCAUUUCCAACAUUUCCUCCGUUUCCAGCGAGCACAACGGCCCCACAGGAUUAUGUGAGACGCACAACACCCACGCAGAAAGAAAACCAUGUCACAAAUAAUGGUGCCAAUUCCACUCAACCUAAUCCAACUGGAAGCAGCAGUGACCCAUUGCUAGCGCCACAACCAGAUGACGGUAGUUCCCAGCCUAGUAAUGAUUCCCCCAAAGUUGAAACUACCACACAAGAACCUGAGGAUGAACAUUUUCUUAAGGCUAAACAUGCCACGCGACCACCAAAAACUGGGAAUGGUACUGAUUCCGACAACGGCGGGACCGGGAGAAAUAGCAAUGACACCUCGCCGAACGGUGGCGACCAAGAAGCUGGAGGCAUAAAACCUGGCGGAAGCAGCAACGGAACGUCUCCCGAUGGAAGUUGUGGUGAAACCGGUGCCAACAUCCAACCAGACGGUAACAACAACAACACAACACCGAGUGGCGGACAGAGUGGGGAUUCAACAAACCAACCUAACGGCGAUAACAAUAAGACUUCUCCAAAUAACGGAGGAACUGGAAGUGGUGCAAUCGAUCCAAGCGCCCAGAACAAUGGCACCUCUCCUACUGACGGUAGCGGGAAUGGAAACCAAACAAAUCAACCAGACGGUAACAACGGCAGUGGGCUGAGUAACACCGGCGGGAAUGGAGAUGGGUCCAGCGAUCCAGGCAAGAACAAGAAUGACACGUCUGCUGAUGGCGGGGGCACUGGAAGUCAGACAAAUCAACCCGACGGAACCAAGAACGAUACUUCAUUGAAUGGAGGAGAACAUGAGAAUACUCCAAAUACGACCGCUGGGAAUGGCAGUGACCCAUCGCAAGCACAAAAACCGGCUGACGGGAGUUCCUUGCCAAGUAGCGAUUCUUCCAAAGUUGAAACUACCACACAAACACCACAAGAUGAACAUUUCCUAAUGGCUAAACAUGCCACGCGACCACCAAAAACUGGGAAUGGUACUGAUUCCGACAACGGCGGGACCGGGAGAAAUAGCAAUGACACCUCGCCGAACGGUGGCGACCAAGGAGCUGGAGGCAACCAACCUGGCGGAAACAGCAACGGAACGUCUCCCGAUGGAAGUGGUGGUGAAACUGGUGCCACCAUCCAACCAGACGGUAACAACAACAACACAACACCGAGUGGCGGACAGAGUGGGGAUUCAACAAACCAACCCAACGGCGAUAACAAUAACACUUCUCCAAAUAACGGAGGAACUGGAAGUGGUGCAAUCAAUCCAAGCGCCCAGAACAAUGGCACCUCUCCUACUGACGGUAGCGGGAAUGGAAACCAAACAAAUCAACCAGACGGUAACAACGGCAGUGGGCUGAAUAACACCGGCGGGAAUGGAGAUGGGUCCAGCGAUCCAGGCAAGGAAAGGAAUGGUACUUCUGGGAAUGGUGAUAGCAAUAAAAAUCCGGCAGAUAAAGCUGAAGGAAAUAUUGAUACGCUAGAAAAUGGCACUCGGAGAAAUUUAAAUAUGACAGACAACGCUUUUGGCCAUAAUAAAUCUAUUUUGAUAGCGAAUCAGGAAAGAAAAUUGAAAUUUGCAAACUGUGAUAAAAUGAAUCAGAACGAGUAUGAAAUUGAGUAUAACAGUACAUUGUCCAGGUAUGAUUUGGAAACUUUGUUCCGUAAUGGAACUAAAUUAAAUUCUACUAAUCAGAAAUUGCCUGAAAGCACUAGUAUUUCUCCUGUUGUGGACAAGGCAUCAUCUAUAUAUCAAGAUAUGCGAGAACAAGUCUAUAACGUCUAA